AUGGCUUUGCUGAAAAGUCUUUAUCUUUUUGAGAUCUUUGCCUUGCAGCUGGUUUCACUUUUCACUGUGUUGUCCGCUGAUGUUUCUGAAGCGCCAGAUGCGCGCGUAAUUACAGAUGUGUCCAAGCAGCGCUCCUGGUCUGACGCGCUCCAAGUCCGAGACGUCCGGCGUCAUGUCGCGCGCAGAAAAGCGCCUCGCUUUAUGAUGGAGCUAUACGAGGAAAAUAUCAGAAACCCUGCGAUUCUGCAGGGGAACAUCGUGAGGAGCUUUCCAGCGCAACCGAAUGGCGCGUUUCACUUUUUUAACCUGACAUCAUUUGGCCACCUGGAGAAGAUCACCAAAGCGGAAUUCCGGUGGUUUCGGCGCGCGCGCACGGUUUUACCGGGACAUCACUUUUACAGAAUCGAUUUGUAUGAAGCGCUGGACAGCAGAGUGAAACCAUGGCGAGGAAACCUGAUCCUGUCACGGGUACUGUCUGUGUAUACUGAAGGAUGGGAAGUGUUUAACAUCACACACACGGUCACCAAAUGGCUUCAGAACAGCAGUACAAACAGUGGCAUCUUGGUUGCUUCAACUGUAACAUUAGGACACUGGUUGGAGACAUCUGUAAAAACUGUGAGAGAAACGGGCUAUGAAGAAAAUGAUGCCUAUUUGGUUAUCUACUCAGACGAUGGACGAAGAAGCUCUGGUAAAGGUGACCUCGGUGAAGGAAUUCCCCCAUCAGGUCCGAACACUGACACACCCUUAGAGUUCCUCGAGUUCAAAAACUCCCUCCGGGCUGCGGUGCGAAGGCGCAGGAAUACACAUAAAAGGGCAGCUGAAAAUUCACAUGCUGCACAUUGUCAAAGAACAUCCCUCUAUGUGGACUUUGUAAAACUCGGGUGGUCCGGAUGGAUAAUAUCACCACGUGGCUACAACGCAUACCACUGCACUGGGUCCUGCCCUUUUCCACUCAGUGGAAGCUUACAUGCAACUAACCAUGCCAUUGUGCAAUCGAUAGUGAGCACAUUAAAACUGUCCAACAAAGUGGGAAGGCCAUGCUGCGUACCAGACAACCUUCAACCAAUAAGUCUGUUGUACUUUGAUGAUGAGGAAAAUGUUGUUCUCAAACAAUAUGACGACAUGGUGGCAAGCAGCUGUGGCUGCCACUGAAAGCACUACUGUACAUCAUUAUCUGUUGAAUUUUUCGUAUAAUCCCUAGGGAAUGAUAUAGGCGAAU